CAUUAUUGUCGGAAGCUCUUUUCUCCCGCGGUUUCUUUUCUCUCCUGUUCUUCAGCUCUGGUUCUCCGCUAGGGGAGCAGCAGCCGAGGGACAGGGGCGCUCGCCUACCCGCUUCCCUCUUCAUUUCUCCCCGAGUGGUUGCACUCUGCCCACGCUCAGAGGCUUCUUUCCGGGUCAUCCCCAGCCAAGGUAGGCAGCGUCUCACGCGCAGGAUUCACGUGUGUGCGCGCUCUUCGGGAAGGCAAAGUGGCUUGCGGAGGGCGGGUGCUGGGAAAGGCGGCGCUCCCUCCCUCCCUGACAGGGGCCGACACACCGGAAACUGGGCAGCUGCAGCAGCAGCAACCCCAGGUGUGGCGGAGCAGAAUGCCAAGACAAUCUUACUCGGCUACGAGUGAUCGCCAAAAACAUGAAGAAGUUGCAAGGCUGGAAGCGGCUCCCCCCCCCUCCGACAUUUGCAGAGGAACCCCCUUUAAGCCGUCAGCAAAGGAGACCCAAAGUACAUUAAAAAAAAAAAAAUUAAAAGCAACCCCAUAAAAGUGAACGUAGCAAUUGUUUUAUGUCAAGGAAGCCGUAAUUUCAAAGGGAAGGGGUGUGAUGGGGUUUGGGUUUGUGAUUUAUUUAUGGCAUAUUUUGUAUUUUUAUCUUGCAUUUUUAUGCUGUGAUCUACAGAGUAUGGGCAGUAUACAAAUUUGAGAAUUUUUUUUUUUUUUAAAAGCCAUUCUGCACAGUGAGCUUGUUGGGGAGCCUGCUGGAUGAGACCGAAAGGAUCCCCAGGAGGAGGGAGAGGAAGAGGGGGACAGGAAUGCUGUUCACGGCCCUGUUAUCUAGCUGUUUUUCUCCAUCCUGCAGUCCUGAACUUGGCCAUGGCCAUGACCCUGGGCACCAACCUGAAUGAUGCUCACCGCCAGUUCCUGCAGGCCUUCCUAACUCUUGGCUUUGUGGAGAGGCCUGAAGCUGCGAAGCUACACCAGUUGUACUGCCAGCUGCACAAGGGUGAGUGGGGGAGCAAGUCCACUGGCAGAGAUUAAUAGAGGGCUGGGUAGCAGGCUAGUCCUUAGGAGGGGAAAAGGAGGCAGGAAGGGCUGUGUGGAUAUAAGUAAAAGCUGUGCUAAGUAAUCUUGAGACUCAGUCCCUCUCCCCACAUUUGAUCCUUUUCUGCUCUUUGACUUUUCUGCUCUUUGACAAGCUGAGCAGGGAAGGCGGUGGUGGCAUUAUGGCGUUCCCCUCCACCAUCAUGCUCUCCUGUGUGCUCUUAAGCUGUCCCAUCUUUCCAUUCCAUCUUCUGCUGAGUUCAGUGCAAAAAGUCAGCUGUGUAUGUGAUGCUCAGGUGUAGAGCAUCAGGGUGUGUGUGUAUGUAAUUUGUCAGCAAAAGGAUCCACAACCUUUCUUCCUUUCCAGGGCUCCAGGGACUUCUUUCACCUGGAUCAGUGCCAGCGUCAGAACUGAGGCAGGAGAGGGAGACUGAAGGGGACCCUCCCCUCCCUCCCUCCCUCCCUCCCUCCCUCUGUGUGUGUAAUGAAGACCCUCUCAGGGUCUGGCAGUGCCCCCUUUCCACCCUCUCCUCUGUCUCCAAGAGUUAGCAGUCACGGGUAUUCGGGUGUGGGGGCUUUUUGUUUCUUUAAAAGCAAGCAGAACUGUAGACCAGCUGGACUCUAGAGAGAUGAUAGUUUUAGCUGAGAUUUUUUUUAAAAAGUGAUUUUGAAUUACAAUUUUUUUGGGGGGAGGGAAACGACUAAUAAAUAUGCAUACAGGUCCUGUUUCACAACACUUGCUAUGCAAAAAUUCACUUAUCGAAACAUGAGGAGUUAGUACCCAAACCACACUAUACACACCUCAGAGUCAUAUAUCCAAAUAGCCAAAGUUUGCCCGCUUCCUUGCUUCCUUCCCUGUUUGUGCUUUGCUGGUCAGUGACAGCCAUUUUCAGCCAGAAACCAGGGAGGGUGGGGGAGAGGGAUCAGAAAAACCAGUUUUUUCUUUGCUGGUCGGCUGCAGCCAUUUCAGGAAGAAAACAUGGGUGGGGGUAGGGAGAGAGAUUGGAUAAAUCAUGGAUUGGAAAUGUUCCCGUAGGAAUCAAUGGAAAUUGUGAACUUGUUAUGUGACUGCUCUCCUUUUCCUUAUAUUCUCACCUCUCUUUUUCUUCCCUCCUGCACAGUCCAUUAUGUACCUGAUAAGCUGGAUGACUUCAUCAACACUUUGAAUGGUCAGCUGCAGCCUUUGUCUUUGGAAAUCAGGAAAGGAGUAUCAGAAGAAAAUGGGAGAACAUAUUAUGCUUUGGUAAGGCAGGGUUGGCUGUCACCUGGUGUCUUUUCCUUGUAAUUUGAAAUUGGGAAGGGUGGGAUCUGGGGAGAGUCGCAUGCUGCUGCUGGAUCACAGUGUCCCCCUGACAAGGAAUCCAAGAGGCACACCCUUCCCCUCAUUCUACACCCUUGCUGGAUGGUGGCAGGACUGCUCCAGAGGCUGGAGGCUCUGGCACAGGAACUGAGAUGAGCCAAUAGCUGCAGGAAUAAAAAAGGAGCCCAGCAAGGGGAUUCCCGGUGCAGUGGGGUGAGGCUUGGUGCUUGCCUCCUUCAAAGAAGCUUUGCCCAUGGGAGGGGCCAGCCACGUCUGGGCUGUAGGUGCCAGGGAGACAGCGUCAAAGAAUCCUCUUGGCUUGGAGCUCAGAGGCUGCCCGGUGUCUCCUUUAUCACACUUGCUUUCUCCCUCAGGUGAAUCUGGCUGAAACUGAGAUCACCCUAAUGGCAAGCGACUACUCUGAAAAUGAGCUGGAAUUGUUCAAGAAGACUGUAAGCAUGGAAACCUUGAGUGUGCAAACGUGGCUGAAUCUGUAGCAGAUUGCUGCCUGCCUACCUGCUGGCCAGCCUCCUAAGUGGCCUAGAUUCAGUGGCCCCCAGUAGCCAUGGGAGGACUCACUUUCUGGACUUGGCCUCUGCUCCCCAGCCUGUCCAUGAUUUGGGAAUCUCACGGGUCUUGGGAGGGCGAAAUGCAGCCCUCUGCAUCCAAUGUGCUUAAUGCAGUGUUUUUUUCUGGGGGUACACAAUACCGGCACCUUCCCCCCUGUUAAAAGUGCAGUACUUACUGUAACAACUUCAUGCUGAUUACCAGCACCUUUUUGCCUAAAAAAAAGGAGAAGCAUUGGCUUAAUGAAAUACAAAGCCAGGAGUCCACUAUCCUCCUGCUAGCUGGCCAGAGGGACGUGGCCCCUGCGAUGUUCUUUUCUCACUUAGGAAAGGGGUUUUCCAUCUGCAGAUGGAUCUGAUUGUGCUGUCUAGCAACGGCUUUGCCUCCUCCACGGAGAUCCUGAACCUGGCUGACCAGCUGAAGCCAAAGAAGAUGAAGAAGGUGGAGGCUGAGCUAGUACUGCAGCGCUUGGUGCAGGAUAAGUGGCUCUUCGAGGUACGGGAAUGUGGGUGGGGAGCUGGAGUGGGCAGGUCUACUUUGGCCCCCUUGCCUUCCUUUGAUGUGGGAGCAGUUGAACAAGGGGUGUGUCUGGGCCUCUGCUCUCUUGCAGAAAGAGGGAGAGUACACUUUGCACCUGCGCUGCGUCCUGGAGCUGGAGCAGUACAUCCUCCGCCACUACCAGGACUCUGCACGGAAGUGUCACGUCUGCCACAGCCUCUCAAUCCAGGUCAGAAGGCCCACAUCAGCUGGUGGUGUAUGUGGGAUGGGCAAGGCUUGGGGAUGGGGGAGCAGUGGCCAGGAGUUCCCCUGUGCAGUGCCACCUCCCCUGCAGCUUAAAACCAGCCUUGUGGAGAGGCUGAUCAGGAGAAAGUGUUAACCACCCUUGGCCUCCAGGAGCCUUACUGCUGCUCAGCCCUGAGGCUCUUCGUCUCACAAAGGCCAUCUGCCUCCCAUUCACAGGAGCUUUUCCCUUUCAGAGCCAAGUCUGUGAGGACUGUGGAAUCGCCAUGCACUUGCCUUGCCUUGCCAAAUAUUUCCAAGCCCAAAGGGAACCUCGUUGCCCUAACUGCAAGCAGUUCUGGCCCCACCAGAUUCCAGGUAACACCCCUGAAGAGUGCCUCCCCAGAGAAACAUGACCAGUUUCAUGCCAGGGCUGGGGGUGGGGAGACAGCAGCCUGCUCUCCUUCUGGUCCACUGUCUGCCUUUCAGGACAUUCUGGAUAUUAACCCAAGGACUUCUUUGCUUUAGUGAUCUGGCAGAUUUCCUGGAAGCGAUACAGCUUCUUGCAUAUGAGAUGAAGAGAGACUCAUUUGUGUAGAAUGUAUUCUUCCAGAUUUCUAGCAGAUCCCCUCUCAAAGUUCACGGAAAGCCCACCCUCCCGGAAGCAGCUAGCUAGCCAGAUUUCAUCUCAUUUGAUGGAUUCUAUUUCUUGCCCUCAGGCUGGGAGGGAAAAGGAUCUCUGGUGGGUCGGGCUUUCUUUUGGCCAACAGGGAAAGUUCUGCCUGUCAGAAACUGGUACAUAAAUGGGUUGAGGGUGAAAGUGGAGGUGGGAAAGGUCCCAAAGGCCACGGUAAGGUAAUCAAACUCUUAUUCAGCCCAUUCUGUAUUUUUCCAUCUCCACCACAGAUAUCAACCUACCAGGACCUUCUGGGCUCUCAAGCACUCCACAGGAGACCCGGAGGAGUUCCGCCUCCCCAAUGGCCCAGAGGCGGCAGUAAGAGUUCUCCAGGCCCUUGUUGGAGAAGUACAGACAAGCAGCUGUUACUGGGGCCCAGCACAGCUACUCUAUAUUUGCAUAAUUUAAGUGUCUGAAAUACAUAUCUUGUAAUAUAUUUUUUCCCCUCAGGAUCCAACCUGUCUCACAAUUCUCUUUCCUUUUUUUACUAUUUAUGUAAAGCUUUUUUAAAAUAAAAAAAUACAGGGUUUUUAUUUAUUUUCAAGCUACCAAAGCUCAUGUAACAACAUACCUUUCCUGGCAAAUGCAUAACCAUAUAUUUGGCAAAGCUUUU